AUUUAAUAUAGUUAGUGAAUCGGCAUCCACGGUAGACCCGUCUUACGCUUGUUUUCUGGGUUAGCAUUGCUUUCUUUCACUCGCGGCGUAGUUCGAGACCCCGAGUCCUCGGGUUUGCUUGUGGUGCUCAUCAUGCCACUCCUUGAGGGCGAGAGCGCAUUUGUCAGGAUGUAUAUAGCCUCCUGCGAUCGUCUUCUGCCUUUUGUAAGCCUGGUACGAGACGAGAAUUCGACUCCUUGCGCUGCCUAUAUAGGCUAGGCCGAGUCAUGGUGAUACUGGAGGAUUCGGUAUGCCAAAGCACAUCUUAUACUUCCCAUGCCCUGUCGUCAGAAUCCUAUGUACUUUUUAUCCGUGUCUUGUACCCUUGAUCUGGUGCUAGAAUCCUCAUGGCGUGGGGUUGGCAGCUCUGGCUCUCACCGCGCCCCUCACGACGCACACCUACCCCCUGCGAGCCCCGCGUGCUCUCCCCAAAUGACGCCGCCCUGUAUGAGUUUCUUUACGAGGAUGAUCGCCGCUUCGUGGUAAAGGAAACGCACUACGCAGAAAAUCAGGCUGUUCAGGAUGGGCUUUCAGGUCCGCCCCUACACAUUCACCUACGACAGACCGAGUACUUCGAGGUUCUGCAGGGAGCGCUGGCCGUGGUGAGAGAUGGCAAAACCCAUGUUCUCACCCAGGAUGAUGGGACCGUGGCGAUAGCUCCCAGCACGCGGCAUCGUUUUUGGGCGCACCCUGGGAAGGAAGAUCUUAUCUUCAAGGUUUAUGCCCAACCCGAAGAAGUCGACCGAGGAUUCGAUGAGAACUACCUCCGGAACGCUCUAGGUUACCUCCGAGAUUGUCAAAUGUCGAGUAUUGAGCCUUCUAUCUUCCAGAUGGCAUUAUUUGGCUGCCUUAGCGACACUAUCUUCGUUCUUCCCCCUUUCUGGAUGCCGAUUUGGUCUCUUAAGCUGACCCAGUACGUGUGCGCUUAUUGGAUAGGCCGGUUCCUUCUAGGGUAUCGUGAAACGUACCCUGAGUAUAGCAUCAAGAAGUAGCAGAAGGGUAUCGACUAUCUCGUAACCAGGGGGGCGGGGGGCAUCUACAAUCUACAGGUACUCUACUAAGAGCUGCUAUUCCGGCCCUUGCAUAGAACCACGCUGGAUGGGUCGAGAAGCUGUUCAUUUGGAGGGGGGGCGCGGGGGCGUCAACGUUGUGCGUCGGGUAGGACACCGAGAAAGCUCCUCUUAGUUUCUGUAUAUCCCUCAAGGACAACCCGCAGCGUCAUGAUUUGAGCUUAUAACCAAUAGUGAAGGGGGGUGCUAGUCAGCUUAACUUGAGAUCCGAUCAUCCUCGUGGUUUUAUUUACCGAUACCCCUGUAGUGAUCGGAUCAAUGCGAGUCUCCCUCCCCGAGUAAGGCUGAGGUGGCUGAUUUCAAAGUAGUACCUGCCUAUGAAGCCUAUCUAAUCCUGUUCCUCGACCGCACACCUAGACGGACUAGAAUAUACGCGUCUGCACUUCCAUGUCGGAAAUACUUUUUAUCUCUUGGUUAUUAUUAAACGUUAUUACGCACUAACUACUAUUUCAAACUACAUAGGAGGACAUAGGAUAGAAAAGACAUGUUAAUACUGAGCGGUUACGAGGGGCAAGAAACCGAACAAAUGAAAAGAGCUUCUGUCAAAU